UCCUGGCAGGAAGCUGCGCUACAGAAAGGGGGCGGAGACUGCUGCAGCGGUAGCGGCUGGUGGGAUCCCAAUGAGGCAGAGGGGCCUCUGCCGCCGACCUGAGGCUGAGGGUCCUCAGGCACCGCACUGGAGACGCAGCCGCCAUCCUCCUGGCCCGCCCCGCCGCCCCCCUGGACGCGCUCCGGGCGCACCUACCCUCUCCAAGCAGCGCUUGCAAGCUCGGGGGGCGCGCCGCCCGCUCUUUCUCCCUCCACGCGGGCUCCCGCGAAGGCAGCAGCGAGGUGUCCGGUCUGGGCACGUGAGGCCCGCUCUCCGGAGGUGGACGCCGGGCAGGCAAGGCUGCUGGCAUGAAGACCUCAGGCGUGCAGGAAGCCGAAGGGCAGCCAGCCAAGGCCCCCGCGGGACGGGCCGCUGGGGCCGCAAACACCAUGAAGAAGAAAAGCUGCCCCAAGAAGCAGAGGGGCAGACCCUCGUCCCAGCCCCGCAGGAGCCUUGUGGGCUGCAGGAUCUCCCACGGGUGGAAGGAAGGCGACGAGCCCAUCACCCAGUGGAAAGGGACCGUCCUGGACCAGGUGCCCAUCAACCCCGCUCUGUACCUGGUCAAAUACGAUGGCAUUGACUGUGUCUAUGGACUGGAACUGCACAGGGAUGAGAGAGUCUUGUCUCUUAAGGUUCUCUCAGACAGGGUGGCAUCCUCUCAAGACACGGAUGCAAACCUGGCCAGCUCCAUCAUUGGCAAAGCGGUGGAGCAUCUGUUUGAGGGCGAGCACGGGGCCAAGGAUGAGUGGAGAGGGAUGGUGUUGGCCCAAGCGCCCAUCAUGAAAGCGUGGUUCUACAUCACCUAUGAGAAAGAUCCCGUCCUGUACAUGUACCAGCUUCUGGAUGACUACAAGGAAGGAGACCUCCGCAUCAUGCCAGAUCCCAGCGAGCCCCCUCCAGCCGAGAGGGAUCCCGGGGUUGUGGAUGGCCUGAUAGGCAAGCACGUGGAAUAUACCAAAGAAGAUGGCUCCAAACGCAUCGGCAUGGUGAUUCACCAAGUGGAGGCCAAACCCUCAGUGUACUUCAUCAAGUUUGAGGAUGAUUUCCAUAUCUAUGUCUACGAUUUGGUGAAAAAGUUCUAACUGUUAGUGUAGAGUUGGCCACAUUUGUGAAGACGAAUGUCUAGGUUGUGGCUAUGCAAAAUAAUGUUGUUUUUGGGUGUGUUGGAAUUUAAGGGUCCCAUUGAUUUAGCAUCUUUGCCAGCAUAACUAUUGUUUGUUCUGAAGAAUACAAAUGUGUGUGGACAUGCCAUGUGUGGAAGGACUUUAUCAUGUGGAGGAGACUGGGGGUGUUUGGUGGAUGGCGCAUGAAAGGAAGGGGCAGCUGUAAAUUCGGGCUGUGAAUAAAGUUCAGCUAGCAUCAUCAUCAGUCAUCUAAAAAUGGCAUAGGACUUAGCUGGCCUGCUCUGGGAAGGAGGGAGGAGAAGGGACCAGA